AUGGCCGAUGAAGACAAGCAACCACGCAACAGAAAAGAGCGCCGCGCCGCCGCAAAAGAAUAUGGCAAACACCCUUCAUCAGCAACCAUCAACGCCUUUGGAAACAUCCCGUUAUCGCAACCUGACAGAUCCGGUCCCAAAGGAAAAACACUCUUGGAAAUUGCCGAUGAGAGAACUGCCGCCCUGCAAGGUAUGAUGGCAUCCGGCCAACCCUUCGAAAAAUCCCUCGGCGAUGGUCUAGCUCGCGAUGAAAAUGGACGAGUGCUAUUACCAGCCAAAGACAGCGAUAGCGACGAUGAAGUUAUCCUUGGAACUGGUGCCGAGUCUUUCUUCUUGGCCACCAGUCUGGCAAUGGUUCAUUUUACCCUGGAUGUCUUGGUGUUUCAACAGUAUGCGCAAGAGAUUAGUUGGCCAGCCAUCAUUCAGCGCACAAUCAUCGCAUACCCGAUUCUAUUCCUCAUCGUCUAUAUGAUGAAGUCUGAGAUGGCGAAUCGCUUUCAAACACUCAAACAGCUCUUUUGUCUGGCUGUUGCCAUUUCCUCGGGCUGUUAUAUGAUUUAUGCUGGCAAUACUUACGACUAUUUUGCGGUUAUGAAACAGGCGCCUCCGCUUGGCACGCUGUGGAUCUGGAGUGUCAUUGAGAUGAAGUUGGCAUAUGGCCUUGCUAGCAUUGCGGUGGAUGUUGGUNUUUUGUUUUGGAAUGGCUAUACUGUAUUUUAG